AGUAGGUGCCAGGUGGUGGUGGUGGUGAAGGGCCACUAUGGACACGGCCUCCAUCGACAACUUCUGGUGUGAGGGCCGGAGUGUACUGUCGUGGUCAUCUUCCAAGAGUCACCCAUUAUCCUGUCUUCACGAUCCUCCACCACUCCUUGACCUUGAUGCUCUGCAGGUGGCACUGACGAGGUUGGACCACGCGCCGCAGAAAGGCAAGGCUUUCAUCGGUCGUAGCGGUGCCCUCGGUCACCGGCGACCUCCCUCCAGAGGCUCCCGUGGCUCCAGGAGAUCAUCUGCAGACAGCCUCCACCAGGACUCCGAGGCUGACCUGGUUAUUCCGAGGGAGGUUGACAUCGAGGUGCAGCUUGAGAGUGACGGUCACAAGGAACGUCAACCAGAGAGGCACUUCACUUGCGAGGACAUAGCAAGGGACUUCAAGGUAUAUAGCCAAAGCUUCAGGGAGGCGCUUACAGAUACAUUAAAUGCAAAACAGUUGCAACAGACCAAUGAGGUGGUUAAGAAGAAGCAGGGAGAUCUAGAUGUCAAGCAGGAGAUACGGAGGAAACUCUUUGAGAAUCGCUACAGGAGAUCUGGUAUUUCCGUAGGGGGAUCAAAUCCACUGUUGAACAACUUCUCAUCUGAGGCUGAAGAGUCCUUUAGAAGGAUCAAGGAGGAAGUUGCUCGUUUAGCAGCCAAGAGGAGGUCAUCUAGUGAUAUCAGUGACUCUAGAGCUUCCAGUGACUAUUCUUUUUCCUUCAACUCAGUACAAGAGGAUCAUAAGGAGAAUGUAAAAUGGUGUAGUGAGGAAAGAGAGUCAGCCUUUGAUUCAGCAAGUGUCGCUUUAGAGAAGAAUGUGGAGACCAGGUCAUCCUCUGAGGCUGAUGUAGUGAUCAGUGACCGUGAGAGCAUCGCAGACUCUGGUCUGGUAAACAGACGGACUGUCAUCACUAUCAGUGGGAAGAAGAAAAAGAGCAAGUCUGCCUCUAGUCUAACCCAAGAAGAACCGACACCGCUCUGGAUCAGAGAUCUACAGACUAGGCGAUCCCUCAGAGGGAAGGAUCCAGCCCCUUCCAGGCUAAUUCCUAUUCAGAUUGAGCCAGAGUGAGGAGGAAUAAAUGUAUCCAUUGUGAGUCAGGCAGAACCCAACCGCAAGGACAGCACCUCGCGUAUGUACGUUCGUCAGAGUGACUCAGAAAAUAGACCUUCGAGGGCAAGUGCUUUUAACGUCAGGCAAACUAUAGAGAAGCGACAAAUUCAGCAAGAGAGACGAGAGAGGAGAGCUCUUAGAGAAAAGAUCAGAGAGCAGCUGAGGAGUCUUUCUGAAAGUCGCGAGCGACGAGAUUCCUCUGGUUCUUAUGUAUCCUCCGUUCACCUCAGUCAAAAUUCGGUGCGAUCAAAGUCUAUGAGUUCUCUGGAUCAAGACCAGGACGACUUUAGAAGUGAAUCUCCCCUAUUCAAGGUCCAGUCUAGCCCAACGCUAGAGAAGGAAAAAGAGGAAGUUAGAAUUUAUCUGUUUGGAGCAUCCAACCUUACUGAGAGUGGAGAUUGUUACCCUGAUGUGCCCCCGGCCUCCAGGGACAAGACUCGACUAAUCAGCACAGACACUACAGAAAGCAGCAGUCACCAAGAAGCUCGGGAGAAACACAAGAUUUGCUAUAUUGAACGACCAGAAACUUGGCAGUGGACACAGUCUUGGGACUCGCUCAAGGCAGGCCAAGAGGACAUUGAUGAGAAUUGUCAGAAAGUUAGUGAGUCCAUUAAUUCGGUUAAGAAACCAUCUGAUCUCAGUAGUCAACGCUCGUCAAUUCAGUCAAGUGUCUUUGAUCAAGGCUCGCCGAAGACGUCUUGGCAGGAGUAUAAUCUUCACCACACUGAUCAAGGGAUCAGCUGCAUCUCCCCAUUGCUUAACAAUCAUCCAAACAGUCUCGAGAGUACAAAGUCCUGUCCUCCUGCUCUGUUGACACUUGGUCAAGCAGGAACCACCAAGGACGACUCCUUACAACCUGCCGGUGAGGAUCUCUCCUGCACACCACCAGUCCCGCCUCCUCGGAGGAACAGGUUAAGUUUGUCAGCUGGACAAAUCACACUGGAGGAGGAGGAGGACAAGCCCAACUGGAUCCGACUGGCAAAGGAGCGACGGAGUCUACGGACAGCUCAACAAGUGGACCAGCUGUCUGAUAGAGCCUCAACUGCCAGUAAGGAGCCAGAGUGGGUCAUCAGGGCUCGGAAGAAGCUAGAGUCACUUAAUGUGACACUCACGAGCACAACUGACUUUAAUUGUGCCAGUUCUUGCGUCACAGAAUCUUCAUCAGCGUGGAGUCGAGGUGGUCUAGAUGCUCUAGAUGAUCUGAAGGAAGAAACAUCACGUAUUGGGGAAGAAUUAGCUGAAGAGGCAACUGCCAGGGUGAAUGAGGACUUGGCACUUCACAAAGACAUCAGCAGAAUGUUGGAGCACAAUACAGAUCGCUCGGAACGCUCUCGUGAGCCCUCUGCUGAGCGGCUUCGGGUGUCCUUUGAGACCUCUGCAGCUGAAAACUCUGAUGGUGAUUCCAGUAGACGGUUACGCACUCGAAAACCUCAGCUGGAUGAAGUUCGUUUUGGUGACCUGAAACAUGACUGGGGUGGUGCUCAAACUAAGGCUUUAAAAACCAGCAAUGGUAAACAAAAGGAAAUGCGCUUUGGUGAGAUUCAGGUGAAGGAGACUCUUCCUGAGCCUUCUGAGAAGACAAAAGAAAUGAGAUUUGGUGACAUCAUGACAUCGCCACAGAAAGCUCAAAUUAACUCAGGUUCGACAAAUGGCAGUCGCCCUGUGAUGCGCUUUGGGGACACGCCGCUCGACCUCUUCUCAUCCUCAGAGCCCAAAGGUCCAAAGAGCAGUUCGAAGUUUGAGUCAGUAGCUGGUCCAGACCCAACUAAGAUGACUGCAGAACAACUGAAUCAAAAUGUUGAGGAAUACGACUUCCCAAUACCAACAGGAAAAGAAGAUGUCUCUGAGCUAAUGAAGUUCCUUGAAGAUAGCUUGAAGAAAGCAGAAGUUGUCCCAGAAGUCGUCAGCAUGGAGGACAACCGGCCCAAGCCCAAGAGCAUCCUGAAGAGGCGCUCCGUGGAGAACGUCCUACAUGAGCUGAAGAGGGAGGAGAGGAGAGAGGGGCUCCAAAAGGUAGAGCACCGGAAGAGCGCGUCCUUUGACUGGGACUCCGUAGGUAAGGGAGCUGAUGCAGGCUUGGACAUUGGUCACAUCAGAAAUACCGGACACAGACUGAGCAGGGAACACAAGCCACAUCCAGAUACCCCCCACACAGCCAAACCACAGCCACAACACCCUCACCACCAACACACCUCACAAACCACUACAGCUACUACCGCCACUAAUGGCAGCAGCUUUUUUAAUGUCAAAUUACGGCAUGUAUCCUCUAACAAACGUGAGCCGGCAGUAACUAACGAAAUGCUUCGCUUCCACUCAGAACACUCCUUACACAGACGGCCGCAAGGUGUAUAUUUCAACACAGAUAGACACAGUGGGGAUUUCACUUCCCUCAACACCUUUACCAGCACUCAUGAGAUCCGCCUGCAACCCAGGAGGAUUUCUACGGGGGGUGACAGCCAUGGGUCAUCCUCGGCCUCAAGUCAGGAGUCUCUGUCAGACUCUGGGGCAAACCUGGGUAGCAAUGAGACUGACCGAGCCGUCAGUGAGGUCCUGAACAACUUAGAUCAGUGUUAUGAGGAGAGCAAGACUGUGCCGAGGAAGCCCAAAAUGGCACAACCUUUAAAAGAUGACAAAGUAGGUGACAAUUUUACCAGCAAGCUCAACAUGAACAGAAAUAACGAGAAUCGGAAAGAAUUAGUUUCCAGACCGACAGCAGUCACUCUUACAGCUUCCAGCAGCAGGAAAGCAGCGACGGUGGGCAGCAAGGGUGUGAGAGAGCUGUUACAGAGGGUGCAGGAUCCCACAUCAUCUGCCUGGGGAACCUGCCGGAGUGGACGUAGCUUGGCUACCUCAGAGCCAACAGAUGACAGUGUUUCCCUCGAUGGCCCUCUUCUUCCUCCUGUUACUACUGCUAUUGUUGCUACUGUUACUGUUGGUGGUGGUGAUGCAGUCUUCACUCGUGCAGAAGAGGGUGAUGGUGCCUCUAAAGCCUGGCAUUCAGCAUCUCCCCAGUAUUCCAGCAGCACGACAGUCACCCUUCACCACUAUGACCAACAUUCCAGCCCCCACAACAACAUCCUGUCCCCACAACCUCUCCAAGAUUCCAUCACUGCCACUUCCUCCACAUGUAACAUCUCCAACCCCAGUUGUGAAACCACCUCAAAGAGCUUCUCCAUAACCCUGACUCCAAUUGCCAUUAGCAACACUGCCUUCGUAGGCAUUAAUAAGAGUGCCAGUGAAGAACAGAGCAAGCUGGAAAGAGACUUACCGAUGUGCAUCAACUUGGGCAGGGAACCACGCAUAUCAACACUAAGCAUUGAAAGAGAACUGGUGGCAGAGGAAGGAAAGAGAGGAAGAAGAGAAGAGGAGCUGGAAAGUCUUCACUGCAAUACCAGACUUGACUCCAAUAUCUACCCAGGACCCACAAAACAGUCCACCACACUCACCACACACCCAGCUUACCUUGCUUCUUACCUACUCACCCCAGUAGUGGUACAGCCACUCACCAUGGCAGAAGAGGAGCAGCAGUACACCAACAGCUCCGUCACUACUACUGUUACAGCAGCGGCAGCCUCCCCCUCCUCCGCUGCCCCCUCGACUCUGCAGGACGGUGACAUCAACUCCUCCACGGCCUCCAAAAACUGUGAUGCCCCCAUCCUCACCUGUGGCCGCAGUUCCACCCUCACCGCCCACCACCAGGAGGGCCGCUCCUCACUCUCCUCCCACUGCCAGGACACCCACACAAAUUUCUACGCAUGUCAGCAGGAGAGCCAUGCCUCUUUCCCCUCAGCUCAACAGGAAAACCAUGCCUCUCUCCCCUCACCUCAGCAAGAAAGCCAUGUCCCUUUCCCCUCAGCUCAACAAGAAAACCAUGCCUCUUUCCCCACGCAUCAGCAAGAAAGCCAUGCCUCAUUCCCCUCUCAUCAACAAGAAAACCAUGCCUCAGUCUCCUCUCAUCAGCAGGAGAGUGACACCGCGCAUCAGGGAGGCUAUGUCCCCUUCCCCUCGCAUGUCGAGACGGAGGGAGCCAGCAAUUCACCAGCCAAGGUGUUCAGCUUCACCUUCAGCGCCAACCAAAAGACCCGACCAGAGACCAGCUUCACAGACCUCGAAGAGGACUCACUAAUCCGCCAGAAGACACAGAAGGAGGCCGAGAACACCAGGAGGACCGAGGGCAUGAAAACAUUUACCAUUAUCACAAAUCCAAAUGAUGUUUGCAAGCACAGUACUCCAGGUGAGAGAGAGAGCUUAAAUGGCCACUCUCAUACACUUGUGUCAUCUCCCGUGCAAUUAAACAAAUUCAAGUCAAAUAAAAUUAGUUCUGAGAGUGAUAAGUCAAAUGAGCAUCCAUCCAAAACAAACAGUUAUCCAGUAAGACCUUUAAGAAUGAAGUUGGUAACCCAGAACCUGGGCAGCGGAGGAGAGCGAAGGAAGACAGAGGAAACGAGCAGUGAAUGCAACUCGAAACACAGAGUUCAUCAAGUAACAGUGGAGCUCAUGAACGAAGAUGAUCAAAGGCAAUUAUCUUUAAAGAAGAGAGAAGAGGAGAAGAAAAGAAGCAGCUUAUUAGAGUGGGAGACGUUACAAAGACAAAGACUUGAAGAUGAAGAGAAAAAUCGCAUUAACAAAAAUCUGUCGAUGAAGCCUGUCUCAACGAAGAUCAAGGAGCUUGUGAAAAUGCACGGAAGCUUCAUGUCUAUGUUUAGCAAGGAAAAGAAGACAGAUAUUAAUGGUACAGUUGAUGGCAAGGAUGACAUUGUUUUCCGAAAAGUGCCUUUAGAAACUCCACAUGUGGAACCAAAGAAUGAGUUUAUAAAGAAUAUUCCUGUUCCCAUGAAGUCUCCGUACAUUGUCAAGAAACUUCUCUCGCCCUCCAAAAAUGCAAGCUCCUAUGUGGAGUCUCAUCACACGAGCCGUCGAGAUUUGUCCAAGUCUCACUCACCAACCCGUAGGGCCAGCCCUGCCUCCAGGAGAGAGACUUCAAAACCUCGCUCAUCAGAGGACAAAAGGGAGCACACCUCUCACAGGAUCCUUACAGAAAGCAACUGGAAAACAAACAGGGCAACGUGCAGCUCCAGCUCCUCCAGCCCUCGGAAACCUCGGUCAUCCAACUCUCCAUCAAGGCGAGGAAGGAACUCACAUAUACCUACAUCAUCAGAUAAAUCAGGUGUCAAAGAAAAAGAUGCACAGUCAAAACAUGGUGAGAUUCAUUUAACAGGGUCUGGAGUGUCUGAGGUGAUGGCUUGUACAAGAGAUGUGAAUGAGUCUUCCAGAUCUUCAAAGAGAUCCUCUCCUCCAGUUCCACCAAAACCAUUAAACCUUCAUGAAAAAUUUCAAGCAUUACCAUUGCCUUAUUUAGAUAGAAAAAAGGAAUCAGUUGACCUCGAAAAAGAUAAAGGAAAGAAUAGUCAAAUACCUUUACAUUAUGAAAUAUGUACUAGUGAAGGCAGGUCAAGUAUCAAGGAUCCCAAGAACAGAAAAGAGUGGCUGAAUAAAAUGCUCAAUUCGUUAACUUUGGAUCACACACAGCCCUUCGACAUGGUGGGUUCAACUGAAAGUGGAACACAUCCUUCUAGCCCAUUAAAAUUAUGCUCAAGUACAAACAUUCAUUGUGAAAGUCUACAUCCUGAUGGGAUUGGUGAGAAGUCACAGGAUUUUCCUGUUCCUCCUGCUAGGAAGUCAACGCCAUCCUCUAGGAUUGCUGCUGAAGCUCUUUACUCACCUUUGUCCAAAUAUUCACCUUAUAGUAACAACUUGUCAUCCAAACUUUCAUCAGCCGACCCAUCAGUAACACAAACAAAACCAACUGUACCACCCAGGAUUUCAUCACCAUCCCUUACAAAGUCAUUUGCUGACCACUUGGACAUAUCCUGCUGCUCGAAGGCCAAUAUAUCCUAUUCUUCUUCACCAACAUCACUGAGGUCUUCAGUCAGAGAAGCCCUCCAGUCUGACCAGUCACAGUUAGUCAAUGGUAGACGAGGACCAGUUAGUCUUUCAUCAAUUUUGGGUGACGGGUCCUCCAGGUCGUCCUCAAUAACUUCCACACCUUUGGCAUCUCCAAGGGCGACUCCAGAGAGGGUAAUUAAAAGAGAUUCUAUUGAUUUGGGAACAAAGCUUGAUGUAAUCCUUGAGUCUAGCUUCAGGGACGGAAGAAGGGUAACCAUACCUGGUGAAGAACAGAAAGAAAACAUUGCUCCCUCUCCCAACAAACAGAAUAAGGAAUACAAAGAAAAAAAAUUUGAGGAGGGUGAGGAUAUCUUGAGUCCUCCUUCACCCUCUCCAUAUAGAUCCUCAUUUAGAGUAAGAGAAAGAAGUGAAGAGAGAAGGAAAGGAGUUAGAAACAAUGAUGAAGAAGUGGGCCUUCAGAAAGAGACAAGGAGCUUGUGGCAGACAUCAGUACACAAACCCUUCAGCUUCACUAAACCUUCUGUGACGCUGAAGACAAUGACUUCUGAUGUUGACCCAAGGGUUGCCACUAGUAAAGCUUCACCCUCGCACAGGGAAGACCUGACUACGUGCAAUCAUUUCUACCUGUAUGAUAACAGAAGAUAUAACCAGGAUAAAAAUGAACCUGCUGUAGAAAAGUCAGAAUGUAGAGUAAGCACAGAGCCUUUCACAUCACGAUAUUCUCACGAGAGAAUUUCACCGGGGACGAAAGUCCCUGAAUCUUCAUCCCUAGUUUCCAAAGGUGGCGGUUCUUUGGGUACGAGUGAAGGGAGAAGAUUAUCUCUAGUGUAUGAAUCUUACCUGUCAAGGAAUAGCAAGGAGACAUCAUCACUGAGGUCAAGGGCAUCAGAGAGGUCAACACCUGACAGAGACUCUAAGCCUGUCUCUCUGUCCAGCAUCUUGUCCAGAGAUGUAGGCUCUGAUGACUCCAUACCUUGUGAACACACUGGCAGCUUUCAGUUCAAGCCAGAUAUCUCCUUUUCUGAAGAAUUAAAUGAUAUAAAUCAGAGAUAUUAAAACAUGGCUAUACAACGCUCAUCAUCAAAGACGACAGUUGAGAACACAUCUGGAAGCAAACUACCCCUGUCCUCUUGCUAUGACAGUGACGAUGUAUUUAUCAAUUACUCCACAAUGGGUAAAGGAGACAAAACAAGAUCAAGCCUAGAACCAGAGUUUAGAGAGUCCCUACCUGCUCAAAAACUUAGGAGAGGAAAUAAUACCAGAAAUAAAGAAAGGUCACCAGGAAGAAUUUCAAAGGAAGUAUCUUCAAACUCCUCUGGGCCAAAGAGACCUCCAAAGACUUCGACAAGUCCCAGCAAAUCGAGAAACAGUGUUGUCCGUAGGAACUCUAGUCUGAAAAGGAAUCGUCCUGAGAACGUGGGAGGGUCUUUGAAAAUCAAGAAGGACAGAAAAAGCUCAGAGGAUGAUCCAGCAGACCUGAGAGACGAAACUAUAGUGCAGAACGAUGGUGGCUGGACCAAAACAAAGACCACAGUCAGAAGAGCCCGACUAGGGUCCACAGAAAAGGCACGGCAGAUAGUUCGAACCAACAGUGGCAAGACAAAGAAGGAGAAAAUGUUUAGCAAUGCAUCAAAAGCACUGGAAGACUGGGCUGCUGGCGCCACAGUACAUGGAAAACUCAUGAAAAAGGAAGGUCAGAAGUUCAGCCAUGAGACUGAAGAGGUGGUGAAGGGAGGCCAGCGGACCAGCAAGAGUGUGGUGAGGAGAGUGGUGAGGCGGGGAUCCAGGAGGCUCUCUGGUGGUGGAGAACUGAUGACGGAAACCAAGGAAACUUCUUCCACAGGAGCAAGCAAGAAUGGUAGGGGUGGUGGCGAGCAUAGAAAGAAGGAAGAGAUGCAGGUACAAAAACAGGAUGUGGUGGGUCGUGGAGCAGUGGUGAUAGCUCAAGACGACGGUCUCUGCCGCAGGAUGAAGACCUCCACUGACGGAGAGCGGUACGUGACACACUCAGUGUCAGACAAGGAUGGCAAGACCACCUACACUACAGAGGGUAUCAACAACAAGACCACCAACUCACUUGAGGUCAUUGGAGGUGAGGACUUCAAUGCCAAGCGUGAAGUGCAGGGUCGAACUGGGCACCGGGUGGUGGUAGAACGCAGCAAGGACAGCCAAGGACGACCCUCAACAGUUGUAAAGAAGAUCACUUCUCAGUCCAGGGUUGUCAUAACUAAAACGAAACGAAAGCCUCCUGUAGCAGUGUAAUGGCUGACACACUGGCUCUUAACUCUCCCAGCUCUGUCUUCACACCUUGACGACUCAACUGUCCAAGAGUUGGAAAAAAUAUUCCUCAGCGGCUCAUACUUGUGAAAUUUAUGUGAUGGGGCUUUGUGCUUGAAGAAAUGUACGUAAACAUACAUGAAAGUGCACACGCAUGUGUAAAAAAAACAUACGCACACAUACUGAAUGCAGUGUAGCAAGAUUUGAUUACAAAGAAAAUAACCUGGUGCAAAUAACUAAUAAGUAUUCCUCUCGCAAAAAUAUUACAUGGAAAUGGCGGUCUUGCAUUUUGUUGGGUUUCCUACGGAGCAAUUCCCUGUGACAUCAGCAGCGAGGCCAUCCUCAAAGUUGAGGUAUUCCUAUCAUAGCUGGGUAGCAACUUAAAAACUUGAAUCCUAACUUACUAAUUCUUGGAUUAUAGUGCAUUUACUUCCUACUAGUCUGUGAUAUUCUGCCAUGUGUACUGACGCUCACUAUUUGUUAAUUGUAAUGGGAUUUAUCGCAUUUGGUUUGCAUUUUUGACAUUACUUUUAGUACACAUUACUCAAGUGCUCACUGUUUGUAUACUUGAUGUAAUUACAUUGUGCUAAAAAGUCCAAUUUAUGGUUGUAGAUUGUAUGUACAGUAUUUUGCUUUUUGUACUUUUCUAUGUAUUUUUUCACAAAAGAAUACACUAGUUAUUUUCUUUCCCUCUGUAAUAAUGUUAUUGCUUUGUAUCCCGUUGCAAUCUGGAACCAUUGUUCCAUGUUGCACAGCACGGAACUUUGGUCUCUGUGCUCAGACUCCUUAAAAGUGAUUCCUAAGUGUUGUGAACCUCAGAUUGCAUCCUUGGUAAAGCUCAUUAGUUUAUAGUUUGCUUCAUAACAGAUUUGUCUUAUGUUCAUAUGGACAGAGCCAGCUGUUAGAAGUACAAUUGUUGACUUCCUUAAGAGACUACUUAUCCUUGUCUCUUUCUUUUAUUUCCUAGCCAUCUGAGGUGUUUUCUAAUUAUCUGUAGGUAUGCAAACUGUUUUACUGACAUUGAUAGAAUUUAAAAUAAUUAAACUAUAUUUAAUGA